UCCCCCGAAAUAGCUCCAUUGGUAGAAUCGAUCUCUUCUUUAACUUUGAUCCAAGUAUCCGAACUUGUCUCAGCUUUGAAAACACGUUUGAACAUCUCCGAUAUACCCAUUGUCGCUCCUUCCAACAAUGUUUCUAAAGUAGUUUCAAAUGGAGAAGAAGGUGAAGGGGAAGGGAAAGAACAAGUGGAGAAAAAGAAAGAGAAAACUAUUUUUACGGUGAAAUUGGAAAAAUUCGAUACGGGUGCAAAAGCAAAGAUUAUAAGGGAAGUAAAAGCUAUGAUGCCGAAUAUGAAUUUGGUCGAGGCGAAAAAAUUCGUCGAAUCUGUUCCUCAAAUAUUGAAAGAAAACCUACCUAAAGAAGAAGCGGAGAAAUUACAGAAAACUCUGACUGAAUUAGGUGCGACAGUCACACUUUCUUGA